AUGGCUUGCAGCUUGAAGAAUUCGCACGUUCGCACCAAAAUGUCCAACUACAACUACUGCACCAUCAUCGAUAACCCCGACUUCCUGCCCGCCACCUGGGCUGAGAAGAUCGACCGUGCUUGCCGUGAUGGAGAUAAGGAAACCGUGAUCAACCUUCUGACGAGCAUCUCGAACGCUCAGCGUCAGCAGAUCCGUGGACCGUACAAGCUGAAGUACGGAAAGGAGCUCGAUGAGGCUCUCGACAAGAAAUUCAGCGGAGAUCUGGAAUCGGCCAUCCUGGCCCUCGUCGACACCCCGCUCGAGUAUGACCUCAAGCAGCUGAAGAAGGCGAUGAAGGGACUCGGAACUGAUGAGGCCGUGCUCAUCGAAAUCUUGUGCUCGCGUACCCCUGACCAGCUGCGCGCUAUCCGCGCCGGAUAUGAGCGUCAGUACGGAAAGCAACUCGAGAAGGACGUUGCUGGCGAGACCUCGGGCGAAUUCCGCGAUCUCCUGGUCGCUCUCGUUACCGGAUCCAAGGAUCCGUCCCACGAUACCAAUGAUGUUCAGGCCAAGGAUGAUGCCGUCCGUCUCUUCGCUGACGGCAAGGGCAAAUUCGCUGGCACAAAGGACCAGCCGUCGCACUUCUUGAAGAUCCUCGCCACCCAGAACCAGUACCAGCUGCGCAAGGUGUUCGCCGAGUUCGAGAAGCUGUCGGGAGCCACUAUUGAGAAGGCCAUUGAGAAGGAGUUCUCUGGCGACUUGAAGAACGGCUACCUGACGAUUGCUCGCGCUUCUUCGAACAAGCAGAGCUUCUUCGCCACCCAGCUUUACAACGCCAUGAAGGGAUUGGGAACCCGUGACAACGAUUUGAUCCGUGUGAUCGUCACUCGUUCGGAAGUUGACCUGAAGGUCAUCAAGGACGAGUACCAGCGCCUUUACAACAAGACCCUUGAGGACCACAUCAAGGGAGAUACCUCCGGUGCCUACCGUGACUGCCUCCUCAAGAUCUGCCAGGGCAACUAU